UUUUCCAGUUGGAAAGGGUCAGAAGCCAGACAACAGACAUCUGAAGCAGAGCGAUAUCCUCCUCCAGGGGUUUGAGGCUCCUUUCCACCCAUCCAGCUGUUCAGUUCAAUCCAACCCGUGACGCAGGACUGUCACCGCAGCAACUCUCUGACCAACUCAAAUCAUGAGUUACCCGAACAGAAUGGCAUUCAAUGAUUCUGCCGACCCUGGCAUCUCUUCAACUGGAGCAGACAUGGCCAUCAUUGCAGGUGUCAUUGCCGCUGUGGCCUUUGUCCUGAUCUGCCUCCUGAUCAUCAUGCUUCAUUACCUGUACAAGCAGAAAGGGACGUAUCACACCAACGAGGCCAAGGGAACCGAAUUUGCAGAAAGCGCGGACGCAGCCCUGAAAAACGACCCAGCCCUCCAAGAGGCUGGGGAUGACAGCAAAAGGGAAUAUUUUAUCUGAGGGGGAAAAUAAGUGGGGACUUCCUUAAUUCUCUGUCUCCCAGGGAAUCAGUUCUAAGACACUAAUUGCAGGAAGGGGCUCUCUGCCUCAGCUAUCCCAAGCAGACACAACAGCAGCAGCAGUUGCAAAAUUUAAAUGCCAUUCCGUAUUUCAGGACGAAGUGAAUGCCGGAUCCUCAGUUACUGAUUUUCUCGAUUUGAUCAGUCACCGUUAAAUUCAAUGUCAAAAAAGCAGAAAAACAACAACAGCAAAAAAAUUCAAGCGUUGAUACACUGACACCAGAUGAUGAGACGAAAUGUCAGUUCCUGACAUUUCGUGCAUGUCAGCGCCUGCCAAUAAGAAGUAUCUCUUCCCGGAGAAAAUGCAGCAUCUCUAUCGAUAUUAGUCAAAUGAUCCAGAAAUGAAUUAAAACUGGAAACGGAGUAACCCAAGUCUGAUAAUGCCGUGUCGCUUCAGAAGAUAAAUGGGCAACCAGACUCCUGGUGUAUUUUCUCAUCCCUUUCCUUGUUUCUUUAACAAGCAUUGUUUUGUUUUGAAUUUAUUUCUGUUUUAGAUAUUUAUAACAUGGAACAGGAAAGACAUGAAAAACAAACCAAAAUAUUAGAUAAUAAGCUUGUCUCAUCCUGUCUUUUCUUACUGACAUGCAGUAGAGAUAAAAAUGUCUAUGAAGCAGGGCUAGAAUCUACCAACUCUAUUGUAUUGUAUUUUCCCAAGUUCUAAGUACAGUGUUUUACACACAGUAAGUAACAAAUAAAUACCGUUGA